AACAAGCUAUCGAAUCAGUCGAUUUUGAUCCAAGUUGGAGAGGGUAUGGAACUCUAAUUUAGAUUUCGAAAUCGAGAGAGAAGAUUCCUUGAUGUUUUUUGGGGGUUUGAUUGGUGGAUUCUUGAUAUGGGUUUUAGUUAGAUCUGAAGAUUAUUAGGUUCUUUUGAUGUUAUCUUUCAUUGGGUUGAAUCUUGGAGUUCUGGAAUUAGGGUUAAGAGUUAGGGUUUAGGGGUUUUCGCCAUUGUUGUUGCUUGAUUGAAGCUUUAUAAUCAAGAGGGUUUCGAUCUCUCUGGGCUGCAAAAAUGUUGAGAAGAUUAGUUUUAGGGUUCUUGAUUGCUUCUUUGGUUAUCGGCCAUUCGUUAGCGAAUGAUAACGAUUUCGCUCACUGUCACUGUGAAGAUGAAGGAUCAUGGAAUGCACAUAUCAUCGAGAGCCAACGAGUGAGCGAUUUCUUGAUUGCGAUCGCGUAUUUCUCAAUCCCGCUCGAGUUAUUGUAUUUUCUGAGCUGUUCGAAUGUGCCGUUCAAAUGGGUUGUUGUUCAAUUCAUUGCAUUCAUAGUUCUGUGUGGAUUGACUCAUUUGAUCAACGGUUGGGGGUACUACGGUAAUCAAACGUUCCAGUUGAUGAUGGCGUUAACCGUUGCGAAACUGUUAACGGCUUUAGUCUCGUGUGCAACCGCGAUCACGCUAUUGACCCUGAUCCCGCUGCUGCUUAAAUUCAAAGUUCGGGAGCUUUUCUUGAAACAGAAUGUGUUGGAGUUGGAUCAAGAAGUCGGGAUCAUGAAGAAACAGAAAGAAGCCAGUUGGCAUGUUCGAAUGCUUACUCAAGAGAUUCGGAAAUCGUUAGAUCGCCAUACGAUUCUAUACACCACUUUAGUCGAGCUUUCGAACACUUUGGUUCUUCAGAAUUGCGCUGUUUGGAUGCUAAACGAGAAGAAAACCGAAAUGAAUUUGACCCACGAGUUAAGACCAAAUUUGUCAGCUUACCAUCCUUCGAUCCCCAAAAACGAUCCUGAUGUUUUAGCGAUAACGCAGAAGAAGGGGGUGAUGAUUUUGAGAUCGGAUUCGGUUCUUGCGGUUCAAAGCCGUGGUGGGUUAGCCGAAUCGGGUCCGGUGGCGGCAAUUCGGAUGCCGAUGCUUCACGUUUCGAAUUUUAAAGGCGGGACUCCUGAGUUGGUCGACACUUGUUAUGCGAUAUUGGUUUUGGUUCUUCCUAACGAUAGUGAGCGAGAUUGGAGCUUCGACGAGAUGCAAAUCGUGGAGGUCGUGGCCGAUCAAGUGGCGGUCGCGCUUUCGCACGCUGCCGUUCUCGAAGAAUCACAAUCGAUGCGCGAACAGCUCGUCGAGCAAAACCGCGUCUUGCAACAGGCAAAGGAAAACGCGAUGAUGGCAAGCCAAGCGAGAAACUCGUUUCAAAAGGUAAUGAGCCACGGAAUGAGACGACCGAUGCACUCAAUCAUGGGCCUCCUUUCGAUACUUCAAGACGAAAAAACGAACCAAAAUCAGAGCAAUAUAGUCGACACAAUAGCCAAAACGAGCAGCAUUUUGUCUACUUUGAUUAACGACGUUAUGGAGAUAUCGGCCAAAGAUACUGGCCGAUUACCAUUAGAAAUAAGGCCGUUUCAGCUACAUUCAAUGGUUAAAGAAGCUUGUUGUUUAGUAAAGUGUUUGUGUAUCUAUCAAGGGUUCGGUUUCACGAUGGAGGUUCCGAAUUCGAUUCCGAACAUGGUUACGGGCGAUGAAAUGCGGACUUUUCAGGUUUUAUUGCAUAUGGUUGGUCAUUUGUUGAAUAUUAGCGAACAAGGGAGGCCGGUGAUAUUUCGUGUUAGUUUGGAGAACGGAAAUGAGGGUAGGAACGAUAAAGUUUGGGGAACGGGCAGAUCUGGAUCGGUUGAUGAAUUCGUGAACGUAAAGUUCGACAUCAGAACCGGUGACAGUGGCUCCCGAUCGGAAUUAGCGGUUUCGAGUAUGCAUUCGGGAUUCAAGAGGCAAAAUGCAAGUGAAGUUAAGGACAGCUUGAGCUUCAGCAUGUGCAAAAAAAUUGUUCAGAUGAUGCAAGGGAAAAUAUGGAUGUCGUCGAAUUCUCAGGGCUACAUACAAAGCGCGAGUCUUGUUCUCCGAUUCCACAUCCAACAAACGUUCACACGACCACUGUUCGACCUCGGAAACUUUGUUGACCAACCGAAUUCAAACUCCAUCUUCAAGGGCAUACAAGUCAUUUUAGCCGAUGAUGAUGGCGUAAACCGCAUGGUCACGAAAAAACUCCUCGUGAAGCUCGGUUGCCACGUCACCACCGUCUCAUCCGGCUUCGAAUGCUUGAGCUCACUCGGGCCCACGAUGACCCCUUUCCAUCUCGUGAUCUUGGAUCUCCACAUGCCGGAAAUGGACGGGUUCGAAGUUGCCACGAGGAUUCGGAAGUUUCGGAGCCGUAAUCGGCCGUUGAUCAUCGCGUUGACGGCAAGUGCCGAAGAACAGGUGUGGGAGAGAUGCUUGCAGGUCGGGAUGAACGGAGUGAUUCGGAAACCGGUCCUUUUACGGGGAUUGGAGAAGGAACUUAGAACGGUUUUACAACGAGCAGGUGAACGGUUAUCGAGUUAG